GUCAAUAGUUUUAGCAGGUUAACAAUAUUAUAAAAAUGACACGAUUUAAACUUAAAAGCUUACUGUUAUUAGGAAUAUUACUGUUAGUAACUCAAAUAUUUUCAUCAAAAGCAACUAAGGACUCAUGUGAUAAAGGAGACAGUUCUAAAGGAUCAGGAUCAUCAGGAUCUGCUAGCGGUGGUUCAGCUGCCGCUGCAAGUGGAGGAUCAACUGCCACUGCUUCUAAAGGCUCAGCUGGUGCUGCCAGUGGAGGUUCAUCUGCUAGUGCUGCUAAAGGCGCUGCUGGUGCUGCUAGUGGAGGAUCAGCUGCUACUGCUUCCAAAGGUUGCGCGGGAGCAUCCAGUGGAGGAUCAACUGCUAGUGCUACCAAGGGCUCUGCAGGUGCUGCUAGUGGAGGAUCAACUGCAAGUGCAUGCAAAGGCGCUGCUGGUGCUUCCAGUGGAGGUUCGACUGCAAGUGCUAGCAAAGGCUCUGCUGGAGCUUCCAGUGGUGGAUCAACCGCUAGUGCUUCUAAAGGCUCCGCCGGUGCCUGUAGUGGAGGUAGUUCUGCUGCCGCUAGUAAAGGUAGUGCUUCAGCAGCUUCUGGAGGCAGCUCAGCAACUGCGAGCAAAGGUGGUGCUUCAGCUGCAACAGGCGGUGGAUCUGCUAGUUCCAGUGGAGGAGGAGCUUCAGCGGCUAGUGGGGGAGGAUCAGCAGCUGCUAGUGGAGGUGGAGCCGCAGCAUCUGGUGGUGGAGGGUCCGCAGCUGCCAGUGGAGGAAGCGCAGCAGCAUCGGGUGGUGGGGCUGCAGCAUCCGGUUGUGGGGGGUCUGCAGCCGCAAGUGGAGGCAGUGCAGCAGCUUCAGGUGGUGGAGCAGCAGCGUCAGGUCCUGGAGGUUCUGCGGCUGCAGCUGGAGGAAGUGCAGCGGCAUCUGGCAACGGCGCAGCAGCGUCUGUUGCUGGAGGAUCUGCAGCUGCCAGUGGUGGUUCUGCAGUCUCCAGUGCUACUUCUGCUGGAGUAGCUAGUGCAGCUUCAAGUGCUGGAAAUGGUGUAGACCUUAGCAAUUCAACUACCAAAUUAGCUUCAACCAAAACUUCAUCCACGUCAAAUGAACUAGUUGCAAGUGGUGCUGGAGCUGAAGAUUCAUUAUUAUAUCUGGCUGAUGAUGGAUCGUUAGCUAAAUUAUUGGGAGCUGAUGAUUCUCGUAAUGAUAUGAAAGACGUUAUGAAAACAGCAUUAAAUUUUGCAUCGAAUAUGAUGGAUUCAAAAGCCGGUCAAUUAGCAAAAGGAGCUCCAGCAGGGUAUUCUGGAGCUCAACUUUCAAAUUCGUAUGGUGGGUAUCAACCUGCAUACCCUCCACCUCCUCCAGGUGGAUACGGUCCACCUCCUUCAGGUGGAUACGCUCCACCUCCUUCAGGAUACAAUCCUUAUUAUCAACCACCCCCUGGUUACUGUGGUUUUCCUGCAUGACUAACAGGAGGUUCAACUACAAUAAAUGCCGAAAUAAGUGCUCGUAAAUGUGAUGACUAAACGUAAAUUCAUGUUUUCGAAUUUACAUGCAUAAGUAGUUUCUUUAAAUAUUUUUUCGUACAUUUCCUAUUAUUCCUUCCUAUCCCCAAUAUACUUAAUUUAUUUAAUA